GAGUCCGUUGGGCCUUGUGGGCUUCCUGGUCCUCAGCUCCGCCUCGCCUCGAUCUGGCCGGACAGGGGAAACACUUCUCAGUUAAAGAACAAAAGCAACAACGGGCGGACCGAAGGACGGGACGAGUAAACGGCGACUUGGAUUCAGACCCGAAUCCCACGGAUUGGAGAUUUUUAUUGCGUCCUCUUCGUCGGGAAUUUAUCCGACGACUGAACUCCUUCGACAGGCGACAAACUUGGUCGCCUCGCAUCUUUGUGGCUCGACCGUAAUCCGUCGAGGCGCUUGAUAAAUAAGACAAGGGUCAAACAAACACACGGACGGUUAUUGUUUCACGGCUCUACCUCUAAACUUAGGCCAUAAAAGAAGCGGAGUGGCGGAGGGGAAACUCCGCGGUGCUUUUGGUUUUCGUUUCGCUUGGACGGACCUCGGGGAUAAAGGGUUGUUUUGGCGUUUUCGGUUUCUCUUGUGGUAGCUGCUUUUUGUGACGACGCCUACCUUCCACAACUGAGAACUUGGAAGUGGAACAAAGCCUGACGGGGGAAGAAGGGGUGAGAAAGUGACGCAGCCUAUUUCGAUAGCCCAGAUGGCAACCUACACUGAACAUAACAGCAGAAAUGGACUAUUUGUGAGCAUGAAGGAGCGUUUUGAAGGAAAAGUGAAAGAGACAGAAUGUGAAGGAAAACUCAACGGCAAACGCUCCUCUAAGGUCUUGCGCCACCCUGCCACCUCAGCUGAAAGCAACACCAGUGGCGUGGCGAGUUUCACCACCAACCACAAUUCUGUGGUGUGCCUCCCUCUGGUGUCAGAGGGACUUAAACUGGUAUGGACACAGUCUGACCAGACCCGUGAACUUGACUCAAUCCCACAGCUCGUCCAAGCCUUUAACUUAUUUCCGUACCCGUCAUCCCGGGAGGUCAACACUCUGGCCCGGGCAUGUGCCUUGCCACUGGACAAAGUUAAGGUGUGGUUUAUGGUGCAGAGGAUUAAAUAUGGUAUUAGCUGGUCAUCAGAGGAGAUCGAGGAGACACGACGGAAGCUGGCAGUGCCUGAGCUUCAUGAUGACUCCACUGAAACAACUGAGGAAGCCAAAAUAAUGACCAAGAGCAGCAGUUUUGAGGAACUGGUUAUUGACGAGAAGGAGAGUGAAGAAGAAGAGAUUGCUCUCUCCACCUUCGUGCCCCAGAAGAAGAUCCCAAAGUGUGAGUCACCGGAUUCAUAUAAACCAGCCAAAUCCACUGCGCCCUGUUUCAGUUCCACCCUCCCACCUCCUCAGGAUUCAUACUUCUACCGCCCACCAGCAGACACACCAGCAACCACGGCAACUGAUGUCUCCCUUGAUCUUUCAGAGUCGGCUACACGACCGCACCGUCACGGACGUUACAAAAAGACUAAAGCUCAGCUUGCUGCCCUUCGCAAAAGCUUCCUCAGAGAGAACUGGCCUGCAGAGGUGGAGCUCAGACGUUUGCAGGAAGAAACCGGGCUGACCCGAAACGACAUCCGUAAAUGGUUCAGUGACAGUCGUUACCAGCUAAGAGUUGGCCGAGGAAGCCUGGCAGCAGCCCAGAACUAUUCUCAUCACACUGCUGUUAGUGGCAAGCAGGAUCAACAACCAGAACCUCUUCCACUUGUUUCUCAAAAGUCUCGUCAGCUAAAUGGGGCGAAGGGCCCCGAAGGAGUCCGCAGCAAUGGUAUUAGAAACUCACAUUUCUUCCAGACCUUCUUGACAAACAGCCUGGAAGCAUUUGGAGAAAGGGUCCUUGAUGCACAAGCAUAUGAUGUUAUUGAGGAUCUUUCUGGUGACGGGGACAGCUUGAAGGAUGAAGAACAAAGUGAAGAACAACCUUUAGAAUUGACCAAGACCUGCCACGUUGAGCCAGAUAUUCCAGAGGAACCGAAUGUAUUAAAAUCCUCUCCUGAUUCCUCCCCCUCUGGCAGUCCACCACCGACUGCCUCACCUAAUAAACCGCUUUCAAACAGAGGCAGCACAUCAAAGAAGUCAGUUCACUCAGCCAAAACCAGUCCCUCACGCUUCUCAGGGGCUUCCACGUCACCUGCCCUCACUCCUGCUGGGCGACCAAGAAAGACCAAGGAGCAGCUGGAUGUGUUAAAGCAGCACUUCUUGCGCUGCCAGUGGCCCAAAAGCGAAGAUUACACUGAACUUGUUAAGCUCACAGGUUUACCUCGGGCAGAUGUAAUCCAAUGGUUUGGAGACACGCGGUAUGCUGUCAAAAACGGCCAGCUGCGCUGGGUGAAGGGGGUCCGUGACCAGUUCUUGGCAGAACUUGCCGCUCAGCAAAGUGGCAGUGGUUUACCAAAUGGAAGUGGCACAGUCCCUCGGGUUGGGGGUCGCAAACGAAAAUCUCAAGCAAACGGAAGUGCCGAUUGCCCUGACAUCCAGCCAUUAAUAUCAUAUUAUCAUUCAACAGGUUCACUACAUGAAAAAGACCUUGACUCUCUAUGCAAGAAAUCCAGAAUGAGCUACCAGCAGGUGCGGGAUUGGUUUGCAGCUCAGGAUGUUGGGGAGACUGACGAAGAACCUAUUGUUACUUAAGGACAUUUUUAAAAGUUGGUGGGGUCUCCUCAUGUCUUUGGUUUAUAUUGCUUUAAUUGAGGCAGGUUUGUAACUUUCAGUCUUCCCAAUACAAGCCCAAAGUGAGGUUUGUGUUUUUUUAUAUAUGCUGCAUUCCCUGCUUAUCCCAAUAUAUUUGGACUUGAAUUAUAACUGUGCUGCCUGUGUUGCUGUAAAUAGGACAGUAACCUGUACACUGGUCUGCUAUAUUUUUUUGAGCUCAUUAUUUUUGUUUAGAUAUCACUACUACAGAUUUUUCAGUAUGCUAUUGUAGCAGUAUAAUUUAAACUGGUUGUACUUUUGGUACCUGGCUAUAGCAGAUACUUCACUGCUCCGUAAAAAAUCUCUACAUUGAUGAAUUUGUUGAGUGAUCGCUGCGUGUAAUCAUUCCUUCAACAGCCAAUAAUACCUUGUCAUGAAAAGCACACUGGACAUGCACACUUUGAACUGACAUCUUGCACUUUGGUUUUAGAGCCUGCUGCCAUUACGUUAAUUACAUCCAGUAACUUCACAAAAAAUCCAUUCAUUUCACGAAACAUGGAUUCUUAGCUAUACAUGGGUCAUUCUUGCUAACUUAAGCCUAUUGUUACGAUCAUGCUCUUUCAAAAACAUGUUACAGAAAAUAUCGUUACAUCUCAUGUCUACAGUGUAUUUCAGAAAUGCAUUCCCCGAUUCCCUUUUAGAUGCUCUGCUGUAAUACUUGACUUACUAUUUGAAUACUUUGCUUGUUGUUUGCAUAUUACAUAUUUGCAUAAAGGCUGACAGUGCUAAGAAGCAGUAACCACAUCAAAAUCAUACAGAUGUCAGAAUUGCCUACAUGCUCAUCGAUUAAGUCAGUAUUUUUAUAUUUCUUUUGUCUUAAUAGGUAUAGGGUGUGACCUCAUGGUUUUUAAUGUAGACAACUAGUUAAGAUAACUGAUGGGGGCCCACGUACUGUAUACGUAGCAAAGGAUUCAAAUCCAAAGAAAAUUACUACUUUGUCAACUUACAUAUGAUUUAUAGCACAAACAUUAUACUUUUUUGUUAUCAGUUCAUGUAUUUAUUAGUUACUUCCUACAUAGCUGUGUUUGCAAGAAGAGAACCUCCACACUCUAAAGUACUUUUUAGCUGACAUACAAAGGGUGAAGUGGGAUUAGAGUUUAUUUCCUUAGAAAUGUCUGGACAAAGGUUAGAUGACCAGAAACUUGUCCAAGCAGUGUGCAUCACUUUGUUUCGUCAUCCUGUUAGUCAUGAAAAGCUAAUGCGAAAUGUGUCAUGCUGUGGGGAAAUGUCCAUAACACGUAGUGUCUUCCUUUGCCGAUAUUUUUAAUGUGUUUUUUUUCCUGUCUGAAAAAAAAUUCUCAUUUGCACAAUUGUGUCACUGGAAACCAGUAAAAGAUUUGCCUUUAUAA